CUUCUUUUCUCCCGAACCACGGUCGCGAAUAACCAAGAUGAAAGCUAAAGGCUUGUUGAAGGAAUAUGAGAUCAUCGGUCGCAAAUUGCCGUCCGAAAAGGAUCCAAAUCCACCUCUCUUUAAGAUGAUCAUUUUCGCUCCAGAUCACAUCGUUGCAAAGUCUCGAUUCUGGUAUUUCUUACGUCAGUUGCGUAAAUUCAAGAAAGCUACUGGUGAAAUUGUCUCAGUGAAGAGAAAGUAUGAGAAAACACCAUUGAAAAUUAAGAAUUUUGGAAUCUGGUUGCGUUAUGAUUCACGAUCGGGAACACACAACAUGUACCGCGAAUACCGUGAUUUAACAAUCGGUGGAGCAGUAACUCAAUGUUAUAGCGAUAUGGCUUCUCGUCAUCGAGCCCGUGCUCAUUCAAUCCAAAUUAUCAGAAUUGAAAAGGUGGCAGCCAUCAAGACUCGUCGUAAUCACAUCAAGCAGUUCCACGAUUCAACGAUUAAAUUCCCGUUGGUUCAAAGAUACCACCACAAGCGCUAUCGUCAAACAUUCAGCGUUAACCGACCAACAACACACUUCAAUUAAUUAAAUGCAUUAACUUUUCAAGUGUUGUACUAAAAUACCUGAAAGAGAAAAUUCUUUUCUUUCACCGCUUCACCAUCGAGUGGUUUGCAAAUAAAUUUGUGAAAUUUAAAAAACAAAAGAAAA